AUGGUGACGUUCAGCGCGGCCGAGGCGGCCGUAUACGAUCGGCAAAUGCGUUUAUGGGGCAUAGAGGCCCAGAAGCGUCUACAAAAUUCACACGUUUUGGUCAGUGGUCUCUCAACGCUAGGCUUAGAACUUGUCAAGAACUUGGUGCUCGCUGGUAUGGGCGUUACGCUGCAUGACACGCAACCAGCGACGCAAACGGCAGUGGACUCCCAAUUUUUUCUAUUGGAGGAGGAUGUGGGCAAAAACCGUGCUGAGGCGUGUCUACCGCGCGUACAGGAACUUAAUCCAUUGGUACAGGUUACAAGUAUAACCAAGUCACUCACGGACCUCCCGGACGAUUUUUUUAAACAAUUUACAGUCGUGUGUUUGGUGGGGGCCGAGCUGGACACGGAGCUGAGGUUGGACGCCCUGUGCCGUUCAUGUGGCACGGCAUUUUACGCUGCCAGGAGUUUCGGCUUUGAUGGUAUCGUGUUUGCCGACUUGGGGGAGCACAAGUUCCGUCGAGAUACAGUGAGAGCUGAUGCAGCGCUAAACGAGACGCUGACGGUCAAGUUUCCGACUUUGGAAGAGGUUCAGAAGGUCCAGUGGAGCUCAUUGCAGAGUUCUCGCAAGCGCGCACCUCAGCUACCACAGGUUUUUGUAAAGAACCAACUGUUGCAAGGGUUUAAAAGGCAGAAGGGCAGGACGGAAAUUACUAGCAAUGACCAGGUGGACUUUACCCAGUAUGCGAGAGAGCAGUUCCAACGCAACGGACUUGACGAAGAAUACCUUUCGCCGAACGAGCUGCAGGCGCUGGUUCGCGUCGUGGACACUGAGCUCGUGCCGGUCUGCGCUAUCGUAGCAGGAAUAAUGGGUCAAGAGGUAGUUAGAGCCAUCUCGCAAAAGGACGAACCUAUUUGCAACAUCUUUUGCUUCGAUGGGGCUACAGGCGUUGUGCGACGAGUGGGGUAG